UUGUGCUUGCUUUGGCUCGCUCGCUCAACGCAACAAAUAAUGGAUGACUUGUGUUGUUAUUUGCAAGGAAGAUUAUUGCAUGUAGACGAAUAUAAAUAGUAAAUUAUUGAUUAAACCAAAUUCUUUAAGUUUCUAUCAAAACAAAGGAUGAAAUAUUUAGUUAUUUAAUUAGUUCUAAUCACGAAGACGUAACAUUGUUUUGGAUCUCGAAUAGAAGAAGUGACAGUGUGUUGUGUGGUGUGUACUUUUUCAACACCAUAGGUUGUAUAUUUUGUUUCUGUAGGAAAGUGAUUAUAAUUAAUUACUGAUCAAUAUGUGAUUCGUGUCAAAAGAAAAGAGAGAGAAAAAAAAGAACAAAAGAAAAAUAAAUAAAUAUUAAAUGAUCAUAAGAAAAUAUCGUUUAGAUUUCCUCCAUUAAAAUGGGGGGAGAUAAUUUGCUUGACAUAGAGCUCAUGAAAUUAUGUAAACCAGACAGGGGAUGUAUUUGAUAACUGGCUAUUUAAAAUCCAACACUGUUGUUGUUGUUGUUGUUGUUAUUGUGCCUGAAUAAUAAAUAUAGCCUUGUUCUAUGUGCCUAAUGCACUAAUACAUUUUUCAUCAUGGUAAAUAAGCCAAACACGUACAGUUACGAUUUUUGGGCAAUAACACCGACAGAUAUCGUUGAGCUAACAUGCCUAAUGCCCAAUGGUGUGUUAGUUCCACUGGAUACAAAUCGUAAUGCUAUAUUGGCUGAAAUUAAAGAAGAUCUUUGGGACGAGGCUAGCAAGUAUCCCCUUCAUGGAAUAUUAAAAGAUGCGCAAUCAUAUGUAUUUUCAUACAUUAACACUAACGCAGAAGCAGAAGAACUGAGAGAUGAAUCAAGACGUCUUUGUGAUAUUAAACCAUUUUGUUCCGUAUUAAAAGUUAUUGAACGGGAGGGUAUAAAAAAUGAUAGAAAUUUAGAUGCCCAAAUAGGUCAUAUUAUCGGAAAAGGAUUACAUGAAUUUGCUGCCUUAAAAAAUUCCGAAGUCAAUGACUUCAGAUGGAAGAUGCGAGUAUUGGGUGAUGAAGUGGCUCGUGCUAGGCAAAAGAAAUCGUCUAUGGAAAAAAUACAAUAUCAAUAUCCGUUAAGGUUAGCUCCAACUCCUGAGAUACCUAAAAAUAUUGAAUGUCGACUGAAGGAUGGAAAUCUUGUUCUCGUUACGAAAUUCAGGAAUUCAGAGACAUCUUUCACGUUUCAAAUUCCACAUUCUAUUACGCCGUACGAGCUAUUGGUACUUAUUUUAAAUAAAAGAGCAAACACAAUGAUGUUAAGAGGGGAACAUCCAAAUGACUUCAUACUUAAAGUUUGUGGUCAAGAAGAAUAUUUGAUUGGAGAAUAUCCUCUUAUACAGUUUAAUUAUAUUCAAGAUUGUUUAGCAAAAGACAUUACACCGACGCUUGUUACUCUCAAUGCAGAUAGUGUAUCAUUAGAUCAGGAUAAUGGUCCUGAAAAUCCAGACGUCGAUGCACUGCAACGCACAAGACCUUCCUUUUCUACACUUACACUUCGUAAGAAAGGCAAACAUAUUUCUGCUUGGAAGAUAGAUGAUCAAUUUACGUUCACUGUAAAUGGUAUUUCUCGACUCAACUGUGAUGCUGCCCAUCGGACAGUAGAGAUUGGGUUGCAAGCUGGCCUUUUCCAUGGCGGGAAGUCAUUGUGCGAGAGUCAGAAAACCAAAGAAACUAUAGUAAGCUCUGAUGGUAGUUGCGAAUGGGAAGAACUUCUUAGAUUUGAUAUUAAAGUUAAGGAUAUACCUCGAAUGGCACGUUUAUGUUUUGUCUUGUAUGAAAUUAGUAAAACUUCAAAAGGCCUAAAGAGUAGAAGACUGGUUAAGGAUUCUAAGCAGGAAUUCUUUAUAAAUCCUUUGUGUUGGGCUAACACAACUAUAUAUGACUUUAAGUCUCAAUUAAAGACUGGAGCAAUGACAUUAUAUACAUGGACAUAUGCAGAGGAUAUGCAGAGUGAUGAUUUACUUCAUCCUUUAGGAACAGUAGUAUCAAAUCCACAUAUUGAUAGAGCAGCAGCACUUAUGUUGACCUUUCCUAAUUAUGGAAAGGAAAAGUCUGUGCUCUAUCCUACUCCAGAAAAAAUGGUCGAAUAUGCUAGAAAAUUACGUGAAUCCGGUAGCGAAAAAGUAAUGCAAGAAGAACCAAAUCAAGAAAAUGAUAUUAAUAAGUUUCAGCAAUUAGAACAAUUGAGAUCUUUGGCGGACAGAGAUCCCCUGCAUGAACUCCACGAACAGGAGAAGAAAAUAAUGUGGGCAUUGAGACAUCACUGUCUUCAUGAAAUUCCAACAGUUUUGGCUAAAUUAUUGCAAUGUGUAGAAUGGAAUGAUCACAGAGAAGUAGCAGAAGCUACAGCAUUAAUACAACAGUGGCCAGUGUUGCCAGUAGAAAAAGCAUUAGAAUUAUUAGAUUAUGCGUAUGCCGAUCAAAAUGUUAGGAGUUUUGCUGUACGUUGUCUUUUUGAUGUCAGUGAUGAGGAUUUGAGUUUAUAUCUUUUACAAUUGGUUCAAGCAUUGAAACAUGAAAAUUAUUUGUCGUGUGAUUUAACUGAAUUUUUAUUAGGACGUGCUCUUAAUAACCAAAGGAUAGGACAUUAUUUGUUUUGGCAUCUUAGGUCAGAAAUGCAAGUUGGUUCAGUUUCCGUUCGUUUUGGUCUCAUACUUGAAGCUUAUUGCAGAGGUAGUCAACAACAUAUGCGAGCACUUUUUAAACAAAUGGAGUGUAUGGAUAAAUUAAGAUGUGCUUCUGAACAAGUUAAAAUGAAAAAAGAUCGUAAAAUGGCAUUACAAACUUUUCAAGAAUAUAUUCAAGAACCACAUUGUCAAGAAGCAUUAUCCGAAGUUCUCAAUCCAUUAGAUCCAAGUUUUAGGUGGAAACAUUUAAAAAUAGAAAAAUGUCGAGUUAUGGAUAGCAAAAUGCGACCAUUGUGGCUUGUAUUUGAAAAUGCGGAUCCAUUUGGUGAAGACAUUUAUUUAAUACUUAAACAUGGUGACGAUUUGAGACAAGACAUGCUUACACUUCAAAUGUUAAGAAUCAUGGAUAAAUUAUGGAAAAGAGAAGGUUUAGAUUUACGUAUGAAUCCGUAUGGUUGUAUAUCUACCGAAAAUAGAGUUGGAAUGAUCGAAGUUGUUUUAAAUGCUGAAACUAUUGCUAAUAUACAAAAAGAAAAAGGAACAUUUUCUGCUACUGCUGCCUUUAGGAGAGGUUCAUUGUUAGCUUGGUUGAAAGAUUAUAAUCAUACGGAAGCAGCUUUAAAUAAAGCCAUAGAAGAAUUUACAUUGAGUUGUGCUGGAUACUGCGUAGCAACAUACGUUCUUGGAAUUGCUGAUAGGCAUUCCGAUAACAUUAUGGUUAAAAAGACUGGUCAAUUAUUUCACGUUGAUUUUGGUCACAUCCUUGGACACUUUAAAGAGAAAUUUGGAUUUAGACGCGAACGUGUACCGUUCGUAUUAACAAACGACUUUGUUCAUGUUAUUAAUAAAGGACAAACUAAAAAAGGCCAAGCUGUUGAAUUUCAACGAUUUCAAAGUCAUUGCGAACAAGCUUUUUUAAUUUUGAGACAACACGGUGGUUUAAUUCUAUCUUUAUUUGCGAUGAUGAUAUCUACUGGACUUCCUGAACUUUCAUCAGAAAAAGAUCUCAAUUAUUUAAGGGACACUUUGGUAUUAGAAAUGUCUGAAAUUGAAGCUCAAAAACAUUUUAGAAGUAAAUUCGACGAAGCGCUUUGCAAUUCAUGGAAAACUUCGCUUAAUUGGGCUUCCCAUAAUAUGGCUAAAAAUAAUAAAACGAUAUGAAGGAUUACAUUAGAAAAGGAACGAUAUUAUUUCAAUGUGUUUGAUGAUAGUUAGAAAACGCCAAGUUAAACAAAAAAAAAAACUACGGAUGAUCAUCGCAGGAACCACCAUGGCAUGGCAGUGUAAAAAGGACAAAGACAAAAACAAAAAAUCAGUGAAAGUAUGCCAGUUUUGAAACUAAAAGUAACGAUUAUCCAUCGUCAAGGUCAAUGUAAGAAGUUGUGAAUGAGACAGUAUUUACUACUACUACUACACGUAUGUGACAUGUAUAAUGUUUUCAAAUUGAAGCUGUAAACAACAAUGUGAAUUCGUCGCAGUCUCCUCCUCUAUGGGAAUGAAGAAAAAAAAAAAAAACAAUGCAAUU